UAGUCAAUCUAUUACAGAGGUCCAGUACAUAAAGGGAUCUCACGUUGUGAGCCACAAUUUACAUUGUAGCUCUGCAGAGUGCUCUUACUGUAUCACUGCAAUACUACAGUGUUUCACACAUCAUGAAGUUAAAACUACCCAAUCCAGGCCUGGAAGACAGAAUAUUGACCCAUGAGCAGCUGGACAUGCUGGAGAAGGAAGAGGCUGGAGACAGACCCAAAUGGGACAACAAAACCCAGUACAUGUUGACAUGUGUGGGGUUUUGUGUGGGUCUUGGGAAUGUUUGGCGUUUCCCCUAUCUGUGUCAGAGUCAUGGAGGAGGUGCAUUCAUGAUACCAUUUCUAAUCCUGCUGGUCCUUGAAGGGAUCCCACUCUUGUACCUUGAGUUUGCCAUUGGUCAACGUUUAAGAAAAGGCAGUUUGGGAGUGUGGAGUUCAGUUCAUCCUUAUUUGACUGGCAUUGGUAUUGCAUCAAUGUGCGUCUCUCUGACGAUCAGUCUCUACUACAACACCAUCAUUGCCUGGAUUUUGUGGUAUUUCUUCAAUUCAUUUCAAGACCCUCUGCCUUUCAGUCAAUGCCCCAUGAAUGCCAAUCUAACAGGCUUUAUUUCAGAGUGUGAAAGGAGCUCCCCUGUAGAUUAUUUCUGGUACAGGGAGACCCUAAACUCAACUCCAACAAUUGAAGAGGAUGGUGGUCUGCAGUGGUGGAUACUGGCUUGUCAUAUUUGUGCAUGGUCUGUGCUCUAUGUCUGCAUCAUUCGUGGUAUUGAGACCACUGGAAAGGCUGUGUAUGUGACUUCAACCCUUCCAUAUGUGGUACUGACAAUAUUUCUGAUCAGAGGAUUGACCCUGAAGGGCUCUUUGAAUGGCUUAAAGUUUCUCUUCACACCAGAUUUAGCAGAGCUGGCAAAGCCAACAACAUGGCUUGAUGCAGGAGCUCAGGUUUUCUAUUCCUUCUCUCUGGCUUUUGGUGGUCUUAUUUCCUUCUCCAGUUAUAACUCAGUGCAUAACAACUGUGAACAGGAUGCAGUGAUUAUCUCCAUCAUCAAUGGUUUCACCUCCGUCUUUGCUGCCACUGUCAUCUACACCAUUAUCGGCUUCAGAGCAACGGAGAGAUUUGACAAUUGUGUCUCUGGGAAUAUUAUAGCAUUACUGAAUGCUUUUGAUGUACCUGAGGGUGACAUCACAGACAGUAACUACGAUCAAGUAUUUGGACAUCUUAAUGAAACAUUCCCAGUGGUUAUUCAAGGGCUGGAUUUAAAGACCUGCAACUUAGAUACUUUUCUCAGUGAGGGAGUUGAAGGAACCGGGUUAGCCUUCAUUGUGUUUACUGAGGCUAUAACCAAAAUGCCAGUUUCACCUGUGUGGGCCGUUCUUUUCUUCAUAAUGCUCUUCUGUCUCGGCCUAUCCUCUAUGUUUGGGAACAUUGAGGGAGUGCUGGUGCCACUGCAAGACCUCAAAGUUUUCCCUAAGUCCUGGUCGAAAGAGGUUGUCACUGGUGUAACUUGUGGGCUGUGCUGUCUGGUGGGUCUGAUAUUUGUCCAAGGAUCUGGAAACUAUUGGCUUUCACUCUUUGACACCUACGGAGGGUCUAUACCUCUACUGGUUGUUGCAUUCUGCGAGAUGUUCUCAGUGGUUUACAUAUAUGGAAUAGACAGGUUCAAUGAUGAUAUUAAGUUCAUGAUUGGACACAAACCCAACUUCUUCUGGCAGGCAUCGUGGAGAGUCAUCAGCCCGCUCAUUAUGUUUUCCAUCAUGGUGUUUUACUUUGUGACUAAAGUUACUGAAAAGAUUUCUUACAAGGCCUGGGAUCUUGAAUCGGAUAAAUUCCCUGCACUGGAAGAAAAGCCAUAUCCAGUGUGGAUCUAUGUGAUCAUCUUUGUGUUGGCAGGACUACCCAGUCUUGCUGUUCCUAUCAUUGCUCUAUGGAAAUGUCUAACAUCAAAGAUGAAGAAGAAGUCACAUCUCUCUGACAACAUUCAAAUGGACAAUGAGAUCACCAAAUCCCCCGCCUAGAAGUGGAAGUCCUGGUUUUCUCUCUUUGUUUUAUCAAUUUAAAUAAUUUAGUCUUGCUUUUUGCUUCCUUACAAUCUGUUUCCUUUUUUUAAAAAACCUUUAAUGAAUUAUGAUGGCUUAGCCUUAUUUGUAUCCCUUCUGUCUUUUUCUGAACUGAAGCUUAAAGGGCUGUUGCCAUGUGCUUUACAUCAGUAUUUAUUCAGCUCAGUAUUUGAAGGACACUCUGUAUUGGGUCUUACAAUGGGCAGGUGGAAAUUCAGGAAGAACUAGACACCUUAAUUCAUAUUAUGAUGUUGGACUUCACUGACAUGGCUUUAUUGCAAACACUUUGGUUUUGGUAUAUCUUUUACAAAGAAAUUUAAAAAAUGCAAAUCAUGUAAACUUAAGCUCUUAGUAUAUCCCAUAGUAGAUUUCUGUCACAGGGUGGUUUUUCAGCAGAGGAAGGUGUGAUAUGGUAGUUAUUGUCUAACACAUUAUUAUCCAGUUAGAUUUUUAAACUAGCAGGUGGUGCUGGUCUUGGAGGAAGCUGACUAGAGCCAUUCAGUGAAAUACCCCCAUCUGUCCAGCUGGGGUCACUGUUGUGUUAACAGUUUGGUACAUUUGGGAAAUGGAUUAUAUAUAGAUUAUAGCAGCUGCAUUUUUUAACGGUUAAUUCCUUUCUUUCUGCAUAUGCCUACUUUUCAAUACUGUGUGCUUAAUGAAUCCAUUCUGUGUUUUUCAUUCACCUAAGAGGAGACUGAUGCAUGAGACUGAAAGUAUUCUGUAUUUAUAUGAUAUGCAGUUGACAUGACCUUCGCUGUCAUCCUUUUGUAAUUGUUCCACUCCUAUCAAAGUCCACUUCCACAGAAAUACUGCCCAUUUAGCUAGACUACUACUGGUAAUACUUAUCGGUACAUAAGAACAAUAUAAAUACACACACUCAUGUUAAAUAUUAAACCAAAGGAGAGGAAAGAACAUCCCCAUAAUGAAUUAUGAUAUGGAUAAUCUUUUCAAAUAGGCUGUGUGAAUGAACAUGAAAUAAAACUCAAACACUGAAAAUAA